AAGGAGAAGGACGUGUGGUUUUGUCUCUCAGAAGAAAACAUUUCAUGAUCUCCUGCAGCAGCAAUGACUUCAGUUCAGGCUGUGAGAGAGUUUAUCAACGAGAGACUGACCGCUGCCGCUGGGGAAAUCUUCACCGUGUUGGAGAAAACUAUCGUCCAAUACGAGGAAGAGAUUGUCCGUCAGCGCAAGUUGUUGGAACUUAGGUGGACACCUCAAAUCAAACUGCGGAGAAUCGAGUUCACAGAGCGCCAUGAUUGCAGGGAGGAACCAGAACCCCUCCAGGUUAAAGAAGAACAGGAAGAACCAGGACUUCUACUGAUUAAAGAGGAACCAGAACCUUCAGAAAUCAAAGAGGAAGAAGAAACAGAAAUUCCUCAGAAUGGGGAGAAAUCUUCCCAAACUGAGGAGCGUGAAGAACCCAGCAGCAGCCGGGAGGGAGAGCGACUUUCACGGGUAGAAAGUGACGCCUUGAACGUUCCUUCUGUUGAGGAGCAGAGUAACCGACGUGAACCAGAAAAGGUACCAAACACCAAGCAGGUCCUCGCUCGUGACCCUGAAGUCCAAAAGCAGAAAAACCGUACUGACUCUGAAUCAAGUGUGAAUCCAAAACUGAACAAAACAAACACAUCUCACCGCGACAGUGACAACAAUGUUCCUGAGUCAGAGAAGCAGCCUGAAUGCCUAAAGCAUGUCUGUGACAUCUGUGGCAAAAGUUUUGGUCAACAGAGUACUUUGUUGGUCCACAUGAGAAUUCACACAGGUGAGAAGCCGUAUGCUUGUGAAACAUGUGGAAAAAAAUUCAAUCAGCAGUCUAAUCUGGUGGUCCACAUGAGAAUUCACACAGGUGAGAAGCCGUACUCUUGUGAGACAUGUGGCAAAAGUUUCAAUCAACAGAGCAGGUUACUGCGCCACAUGAAAACUCACACAGGUGAGAAGUCGUACUCUUGUGAAACAUGUCGGCAAAGUUUCAAAAGACGGGGAAGUUUGUUGGCCCACAUGAAAACUCACACAGGUGAGAAACAGUUUUCUUGUGAAACAUGUGGGAGAAGUUUCACGCAACUGAGUAAAUACGUGAUCCACAUGAGAAGCCACACAGGCGAGAAGCCGUAUUCUUGUGAAACAUGCCACCGAAGUUUCAGUCGACAGAGUAAUUUGUCGGUCCACAUGAGAACUCACACGGGUGAGAAGCCAUUUUCUUGUGAAAGCUGUGGGAAAACUUUCAGCCGACAGAAUAAUUUGACUGCCCACAUGAAAACUCACACAGGUGAGAAGCCGUAUCCUUGUGAAACCUGUGGGAAAAGUUUCACUCGACAGAGAAACUUGUUGGUCCACAUGAGAACUCACACAGGUGAGAAGCCGUUUUCUUGUGAAACCUGUGGGAAACGUUUCAAGCAGCGGUGUGUCUUAUCACUUCACAUGAGGACUCACACAGGUGACAAGCCGUAUUCUUGUGAAUUGUGUGGGAAAAGUUUCAACCAGCAGUGGGAUUUGUCGAUCCACAUGAGAGCUCACUCAGGUGAGAAGCCUUUUUAUUGUGGAACAUGUGGGAAAAGUUACAGUCGGCAAAGUGUUCUGUUGCUCCACAUGAAAAGUCACUUAGACGAGAAACCACAUUCUUGUGAAACCUGUUCAAAAAGUUUCAGUUCAAAGGGCGAUUUGCUGCGCCACAUUAGAGCUCACACAGGUGAGAAGCCGUAUUCUUGUGAAAAAUGUGGGAAGAGUUUUAGUCAACAAACUAAUUUGUGGAGCCACAUGAGAACUCACGCAGGUGAGAAGCCGUAUUCUUGUGGAACGUGUGGGAAAGGUUUCUGUCAACACAAUACUUUGUUGGUCCACAUGAGAAGUCACACAGAGACACCAUCAUGAAGGACUCAUUCAGGAAGUCACGCUUUAACCCAGAAUCAGAAGGAAACAUGAAGAAAGGAAACAAUACUGAUGCAGACACUGUUGAUGCUGGGCUUCAGUGAAAUCUUUUCUUUAUGGUUUGCCACAAAAAUGUGAGAUAUGAAUUAAUUUGGUUUUCAUUUAUGUGGGACUUCAGAGGCUGACAAAUGAUCCCUUGUUUUGCAUCAUUAAUUAGAGAAGCACGUUCAAUUUUUAUGUGGCAAAUUACUGUAUUUUUGUGUUUUUAAAAAAUCAGAUGUGAACUUUGAAGAAAUUGAAAUAAAUUAUUGAUGCAAUUCCA